AUGGACGAUGAUGUCGACUUUUUCACACGCAAGCCCAUGGCGAAUAGGUUCAAAUCCAAACAAAAGGCAAAGCUACUUUCCAAGGCAGCGGCCUCAACUUCGAAUGGCAUCACGCAAAGAACAGCAUCUACAGCGGCAGCUUCAAGUUCCCAGUACGCAGCAAGUGCACAACAGGUUGGCGACGUGGACAGUCCGGACGUAGCGGUCGACGUCGAUGUACUCGAGGACGAGGACGAAGACGAAGACGGGGAUGAAAAUGCCGCGCUAUCUAACAGCGACGCCGACAUCCCGAGUGACGAUAGCGAUGCUUCGGCAAAACGUAGGGCAAAGCGUCGCAAAAAGCGCCACGCAAAGACACUGCCCGCUUGGGCUUCGCAGGGCAAUCAUGUACGACCAUCACAGGAGCCUUCGUCGUCGUCAUCCAGUGCGGUCUUCUUGGACGCCGAGACCGGGACCGACGGUAACACAUCGAGUCGGCUUGGCCCCGAUAAAAGGGCAGCCACGGGCAGCACCUCUGCCAACGCAAACGGGAGCGGAAACGGUAGAGCCCGGGGCGUGAGCCUCACGCCGCCACCCCCUAUCUCGCCGGAAAAGCUGUACCUGGCGCACGAGCUCGUAAAUCGUACCAUGGCAAGCAAGUUCGGCACCUCGACUGCUUCUGCUACAACAUGGGCGUCUUCAGCACCUGCCCUGUCUUCGAGCAACGAUUCUGCGUCAGGCCCUCGUCGAGCUACGAGAAGGAUGCGCAAUUCUGCGACUCCAUCAUUUGGUCAAGACGUUGCUGCUGCUGGCUCUUCCACCGUCUUGUCGCCGACAGCUGCGACACGAGACGAUGAUGAUGAUGAUGCGAACGGGCAAGUCCACUGGGAUCCGGAUCUGGCCCGCUUGAUGCGCGGAGAGAAUGCCAGGCACAUCCGCGAGCAAGCCAGACGCGAGCAGCAGGAACGUGAAGAGAAACGCAAGCAGCGAGAACUGGAACGCAUCCGACAGCAGCCGUCUUCGCUUCCCGGCUCUUCUUCACAGCGUUCAACUCACUUUGGCCGGACACAAUCAGCUCCUCAGACGACGAUCCAGGCCAGGUCUUCUGCUGCGAACGGCGGCAAUGAGAGCGAUGAUAGUGUCGAAUUUGUUGCAAGGCCGGGGAGAAAGGCGAGCACACCACCUUGUCGCACGCGCUCGAACACCAACACAAGAGCUGGUGCUGCAACCCAAACCGCAGCAGCGCCAAAGAAUGACGCCAUCGUCGUCAUUGACAGCGACUCGGACGAUGAUCAAGAGUCAAGCAAGGGGAACGGCACUACCGCUGGCGCCGCAGCACACGACCCAUCCCCUUCUUCACCACCAGCAAUAGAGGCAGCCGGCGAAACGCUCGCGCUCAGCCUGCAGUCCAAAGUUGGGUCCAUUUCAGUGACCGUGACACCGACAACACUGCUCUGUCGCAUCAUCCAGCACUUUCACGACAAAAAGCUGGACAGCAGCGUCAAGGUGGAGUCGAUGAGAAUCAUGUUUGACGGUUUUGCGUACAAGCCGGAUCAGACGGUAGGCGACAUGGAUGUGGAAGAUGGAGACCAGAUUGAGUUGUCUUGGCCUUGA